CCAUCCAUAUAUCAUUUGUAUUUUUGUACAUCCCCGUGAAUGCAAGUGCAGUGAUCGCUCCCUGUUUUACCAGAACAAAAUGAGCUUUAAAGUAGAGACCAAGGCCUUCCAGAGCCCAGAUCUUCAUUGUGAAGACGAAAAUGAUCCGGUUGUAAGCCACAUUGAGCAGGAGCCAAAUGGCGACUUUAAGCUGGCUUUCUAUGUUCCAAGGUCGUGUUAUGGGAGAUUAAUUGGUCUCAAAGGUGCUACAAGGCGCAGCAUUCAGGAUUUAACCAACUCCGAGGUCAGCAUUCCAGGUUUGAUGGAUAAAUCUACUGACGUGGUUAUAAGGGCCAAGCAACGCAGUCACGUGGUCGCUGCACUGCGUCAGAUCCGCCAUCUUAUCACCUCCCAGCGAAAGAGGGCCACCCACUUUUUGACCGUAACUCUGAACUCUGGUAAUAUUCAGGAUCGUUAUGUUGAACUUAAGAGAAACAUUUUGGAGGCCAAGUUUCCAGGAAUCGAUGAGGGGCUAUUCAUAUCGGAGAACUGCUUGCAUUUUACUUUUGGUGUCUGUGUGCUCCUGGAUGACGAAGAGCACCAAAGAGCUUUGAAUGAACUGCAGGCAUGUCGUGCCCUACUGGCUGACCUAAAAACCCCUUUCGAAGUAAAGGUCAAGGGCCUGGAGGUAUCACAUGAUGAUCCGCGCUCAACUCGUCGUCUUUAUGGUCGCAUCGAAUCUCCGGACCUGCAGAAGUUCGCAGAUCAGUGCUUCGCGCACUUCCAGAGAACCGGACUUUGCCCCUCAGAUAAAUACCAUCGCGAUUCCAUCCAGAUGCACAUUACUAUAAUGAACGUCCGAUUUCGCCAGGCGGAGAUGAAGCCAGGGGACACGUUUGAUGCCCGUGAGAUUCUGGAUCGCUUUGGAGACUUCGACUUCGGUACGAUCCAGUGCCAGGCAGUGAAGAUGUGUGUGUUGGGAUCGCGCGUUGGCGACAACUUUUACAAGAUAUCCGGCAGUCUGGAAUUCUAAGAUUAUUUUCUGGAACUAUCCGGAUAUUUUCGUUUUAUUGAAGCAUGCAUAAUAUGCAAAAAUAUUAAUAUUCAUAUGUGCCAAAUUAGAGCCAACGUCAUAUAUACGGUUUGGUUGAAGUCUAUUGAACUGAGACAUUCACGUGCUUUUUGUAGAAUUUAAUAAGACAAACAAGAAAGUUUUCAUAUACCCAUUCAGUAUUCAGUUUUUCAGUUGCCUUUUAAUAUAAUUAAAUGAUAAAGAAAGUUAUAAAAUAACCAUUUAUAUUUCGAUAAAUAAAGUGUAUUUUGAUUUGCCAAAGAUAUACAAAAAACAGUUUAAUGCGUUUUCUUAGGGAUUCGUGGAUUUUUCAAACUUUACCUGAUUGUACUCAAAAUGUAUCAAUUUCAAAAAUUUCGGGUCUCUAGACUUAAAUGUGAUGGUAUUUGUAAAUUGAUACACAAGAAAAGUUAGACAAAAGAAAAACUAAGACCUUUUUUUUUGCAAAAUUUUGGCCAUAAAUGUCCAUACA